GGUCCUGCCGGGCUGGGGCUGCGGGCGGGGGUCCCCGCGGGGCGGCGGGGCGCCAUGUGGCGGCUCGGGGGACCCCGGCUGCUGCUGCUGCCGCUGCUGUGCGCAGGCCUCGCCGGACAGAUCGGGGCGGUACUGAGCACCAUGGCCAUGGUCACCAACUGGAUGUCGCAGACUCUGCCGUCGCUUGUCGGCCUCAACGGGACCGCGUCCCGCGCCGGCUCCUCGGAGAAGAUCACCUUGUUCCAGAGUCCCGAAGAGGGUUGGCAACUAUACACCUCGGCUCAGGCCCCCGACGGGAAAUGUAUCUGCACAGCCGUGAUUCCCGCUCAGAGCACCUGUACCCGUGAUGGCCGGAGCCGGGAACUUCGGCAGCUGAUGGAGAAAGUCCAGAAUGUAUCUCAGUCCAUGGAGGUGCUGGAGCUGAGGACAUACCGCGACCUGCAGUACGUGCGCAGCAUGGAGACCCCCAUGCGCAGCCUGGAUGCGCGGCUGAGGGUGGCUGAUGGCUCCCUCUCGGCCAAGAGCUUCCAGGAGCUGAAGGACAGGCUGAUGGAGCUGUCCCCGCUGAGCUCGGUCCUGGAGCAAUACAAGGCGGACACACGCACCGUGCUGCGUCUGCGGGAGGAGGUGCGGAACCUCUCCAGCAGCCUGGCGGCCAUCCAGGAGGAGAUGGGAGCCUACGGCUAUGAGGACCUGCAGCAGCGGGUGGCAGCCCUGGAAUCCCGGCUCCACGCCUGUGCCCAGAAGCUGGGCUGCGGGAAGCUGACUGGGGUCAGUAACCCCAUCACCAUCCGGGCCAUGGGGUCCCGUUUCGGUUCCUGGAUGAGCGAUGCCAUGGCCCCCAGCACGGAUAGCCGGGUGUGGUACAUGGACGGCUACUACAAGGGCCGCCGCGUGCUGGAGUUCCGCUCGCUGGGCGACUUCGUCAAGGGCCAGCACUUCGUGCAGCACCUGCUCCCGCAGCCCUGGGCGGGCACGGGCCACGUGGUGUACAACGGCUCCCUGUACUACAACAAGCACCAGAGCAACGUGGUGGUCAAGUACCACCUGGGCUCGCGGGCCGUCCUGCUGCAGCGCAGCCUGCCGGGCGCCGGCUACAACAACACCUUCCCUUACUCCUGGGGGGGCUUCUCGGACCUGGACCUCAUGGCGGACGAGCGGGGGCUGUGGGCCGUCUACACCACCGAGCAGAACGCGGGCAACAUCGUGCUGAGCCGCCUGGACCCUCGCACCCUGGCCGUGCUGCGCUCCUGGGACACCGGCUUCCCCAAGCGCAGCGCGGGCGAGGCCUUCGUCAUCUGCGGGACCCUGUAUGUCACCAGCUCGCACCUGGCGGGCGCCAAGGUCUACUUCGCCUUCUCCACCGACACGGGCGGCUACGAGUACACCGACGUGCCCUUCCACAACCAGUACGCGCACAUCUCCAUGCUGGACUACAACCCGCGCCAGCGCGCGCUCUACACCUGGAACAACGGUCACCAGGUGCUGUACAACGUGACCCUCUUCCACCUCGUCAGCCCCGCCGGCGCCGCCUAGGAGGGGGUGG